AUGAGUAGCUCCUCCUGGGACGAGCUACUUUGUAGCGGUACAUGGCUGUACUACGCAUGUGGUGAAAUCCAGUACGUGGAGACAGUCACCAGGCUCGACAUUGCUACCAAAUUGGGAGCUUUCCUCAACAACCCUCCGUCUUUCAGCUGCUACGAGAAAGGAGCUCAGGUACUUUACUGGAGGGCUGAUUCAGUUGAACCAUGGAGAUGUGCUCAUACUUACCUGACCUCCACAAGUUAG